GUAAAGGCGAGGGAUUCACCUACAUGACUCGUUCUCCCAGCGAGCUGCUAGCUUAAUGCAGCUUUCUCCAGAUCCCCCCCUCUGGGGCAUAUGUAGCACGAUAAUAGCAGGAUCAUGCUCCUAUUCGCUGCAAAAACAGUUGCCCCCAAUUCUACACUGAAGCUCUACCCGCUGCAGCUGCAAGCCCACAAUCUAAGACAACUUACCAAAUACAUCCCAACAUGCGUUCUAGUUUAGUACGGAUUAGGCAGUUCUUCAGUUUACACUUCCCGAAACUCUAGAGUACCACGGACUUGGUUCGGAGUAGCCGAAAUAUCACGAUGUUGUCCAAGACCCUACCUACCCGUCGAUGGCGUGAGUUCUCUGGACUGGCUCGGGAUACAAGCGCCCAGACAAAGUCGCUCGGCUACUUUAUGAAUAUUAUGAAUCAUCACGGUCUCAUUACUAUGAGGGCCAAUGUUAGAAUGAGAGCGCAUUGGUACUAUCCUUACUUACGCUAUAGCGUACAUAAGGUUUCCAAGUCUCCUAGCCCAAAGAAACGGAUAACGAUGGUUUUCUUAUCCUAAGCAGGAAUCGUUUUUCGCGGUUCUGCCAUAGACCAUCAUUUCACCGCCCAAAAUGGUCAACUCCAGGAAUGUGUUCUUAAGCAUACUAGCCACAUCGUCCUUCGGCUUCCGCGGUGUGGACGCCUACUGGCGCAUGUCAUGCGGCCUCAUCCAAACCGGUCGCCUCGACCCCAACAUAUCGCCCGGAGUCGUCUCAGCUCAUGUUCACAAGGUUUCCGGAGCUAGUAACUUCGGCCUAUCGAACACGUAUGAAAAUCUUAUGGCCUCGAGGUGUACCUCUUGUGAAGUUCAAGAUGACAAGUCGAUAUACUGGACACCACAGCUCUACUACGAACAUACCAACGGAAGCUACGAGGAAGUUCCUAAUGGGGGGACCGUUGUGUACUACCUAGGACGUGGUGAAAAUCGAUCCAACAUUGAGCCUUUCCCUCCAGGAUUCAGAAUGGUGUCGGGCGAUCCCUACCUUCGCUCCAACGACACCACAUCUUUCACAUAUUCGGGCGGCAGCGGCUCCCCAAGCCGACUGAUCUCUGACCGUGUAUCCUUUGCUUGCCUCGAUAGCUCGGGCACCAUCCCAGAAGAAAACUAUAUGUUCCGCACGGACUGCGAUAACGGGCUCCGCGCUCAAAUCCACUUCCCAUCUUGCUGGAAUGGGGAAGACUACCAACUCGAUCAAUCGCAUGUAGCUUACAUGUCGAGUAUCGACAAUGGCGUCUGCCCACCCUCACAUCCGCGACAGCUAGUACAUCUAUUCUUCGAAGUUUACUACGGUGUCAAUAACAUAAACAAGGAAGAUGGGGGUCGAUUCGUUUUUGCGCAAGGCGAUCCUACAGGCUUCGGAUUUCAUGGCGACUUUAUGAAUGGCUGGAACGCAAGUGUGCUGGAGGAGGCGUUGGAUGAAUGCGUUAAUGACGACAGCUUCAACGGCCAAAUCUCGAAAUGCGCGCCGCUAGCAAGGUCACAGACCCCUUAUUAUACCACCAAUUGCCCCGAGCGCCAGGCGAUCGUUAACGAACCGGUUAAGGGAAUGAUAGAUUGCCUCCCGGGAUGCAACGUCGUUACCACUGGUCCGGAAAGAGCAGUUCAACUUACAUGCCCUGAUGAUACACCUACCGUCAACGACAUAGAUGAGGAUGGUCCAUGUACUAUGUUUGACCCUUCAAUAGGCCAGGAACUUGCCAGCACUACAUUUACCUUCGCUGGGUGCAUCGCGGAUGGCAGUCCAAGGACAUUAAGUGGAUAUUCCUUCCAAGCCAACAAUAUGACCAUCGAGGCCUGUACUUCAGUCUGCCACGCCAGAGCUUACGCUUUCGCGGGUCUUGAAUAUUCCCGGGAAUGUUAUUGUGGAAGUCUUUCCUCUACCGCGAGCUUAACCGACUGCUCCAGUACCCCAGAGAUGAUAUGCGCCGGCAACUCAACGCAAUGGUGCGGUGCGCCGAACCUCCUAAGUGUCUGGAGCGACAGUUCUUACGCCCAACUGGCGACAACGUUGAUAACGAACACUACUACAAUCAAUAACGGAAGCGCAACCUACAUAGGCUGCUUUAGCGAUCCAAGCGUUAGUAGCAGGGCGCUAGUAGGAGAUAGUAUGUACAACACGACAGGAAUGACGACCGAAAUGUGCACGACUUAUUGCGCAAGUAAGGGUUACUCCUUCGCAGGGACUGAAUAUGCGCAAGAAUGCUAUUGUGGCAAUGUGAACACGGGCACUCUUAUUACCGAUGACAGUCAAUGUGACGCGAAAUGCAAAGGAAAUUUGUGGGAGUAUUGCGGUGGCAGUCUUAAAUUGAGCGUCUGGAGUCUUGCUCAAAAUACACCAAGUCAGACUCAGAUUCAAUCCACCACGUCCCAGUCAAGCCAGACGCAAUCUACGCAAUCCACUCAGUCUACCCAAUCACAACCCAGCCAGACAGUAACAGUUCAGAAAGAUGAUGGUACAAUCAGAGCAGCGAACGGGACAGCAAUUUAUCUCGGUUGUUACACGGACAGCGGUUCCGACGGUCGGACCCUAUCCAAAGAUUCUUACGUUAACGACUCUAUGACCGUGGAGUCAUGCGCCUCAUACUGUCAAGGUAAGAACUACGCGCUUUUCGGCCUUGAAUACAGUCGCGAAUGUUAUUGUGGCAAUGCCCCCAAAACUUCUGCGACUGUCACUGCUGCGGGAGAUUGUAACAUGGCGUGUAAAGGAAACUCGACGCAGAUGUGUGGUGGAAGUUCUAGAAUUUCCAUCUGGAAUAGCACGUUGUACGUCCCGACGCACAAUUUAGCUACCACUUCUAGUGGGGGAUACACGUACCUUGGUUGUUACACAGAGGGGACAAGUGGAAGAGCACUGGGCAAGGGGACCAGCGUAACAAGCAAAAGUGACUCAACGACAGAUUCCAGUAUGACAGUGGAGAAGUGUGCAAGUUACUGUACAGGAAAAGGCUACAGUUACAUGGGUGUUGAGUAUUCGCAAGAGUGUUAUUGCAACAAUGACGGGCUCGUAAAUGGGGCAACACAAGCCAACGAGAGCGAUUGCAGUAUGACUUGUAAAGGGGAUCUAACAGAGUGGUGUGGUGGCAGUAACAGGGUUAGUGUCUACAAGGCGAAGAGCGCUUAGUUUUUUGGCAUUGAUAUCUUAAUAUUCGAAUUGUAUAUAUAUAGUAGUAUUUGGUAUAUAAUAUGCAUAGUAUUUCUUAGCUAUUGGUAGCCUAGAAGUAGUCGAGUUUUAUGAUACCCCUUCAAGGGGUAUUGAACGGAGCGCUGGAAAUUAAUCAUCGUCUAUUAUCUCAUAUAUCCGCAGCCAUAU